AUGGCGUCUGAGAAAAGUAAUUUCGUUGUCAACUAUUUCACAUUUGACAUAUCCGAUAUAAUAAAGCAAUCACAAAGCUCAAAUGAAAGUUCAAUAACUUGCGAAUAUGAAAUUUUAACAGAAAAUUUAGCUAAUCCUGAAAUUACACAGAAUGAUGUAAUUGAUGCCAACCUGAUCGAUACAAGAAAGUUUGAGGAAAACAAUAAUAAAAGCAAUGAGAACAAAAUCAACAUAAUCGAGGAUUUAAUAAUUCCAAUUGGGAAUGGGUUACAAGAGCUUUCCGAAAAUGAUGGAGAAAAUUCAUGCCAUGAAGUGACUUCGGACGAUAAUGACGACGAUGAUUUGGAAGAUUUGACAAAUUUGAAUUGGCUGACAGAGCUGAAAAAUAUCACAAACCUACCACCAACAACCAAUGAAGUGGUUGAGAAGCCUUGCGAUCCACCAUCACAACGCUUCGAUAAAUUCAUAAAUCAAGUACAUAAAAUCAAAGAGAAUUAUGAAAAGCGAAGUGAAGUGUUUAGAGAUGUGUCAACAGAGAAGCCACCAUACAAUUACGCUCAAAUAAUUGCAAUGGCUAUGCUCGAUGAAGGCCGAAUGACGCUCAAGCAGAUCUGCGAUUGGAUUGAAAAACGUUUUGCAUACUAUAAAAUUCAUAAGAAUUGGAAUAACUCCAUUCGACAUAACUUGUCGUUGAAUUUCUUCUUCUCAAAAGUCGCUCGAGAUAAGAAUGAGAAGGGAAAAGGUGGCUAUUGGGAGUUGGCUGUUGACUGCAAUAAAACAUUAAGAAAGCGAAUAAGACAGCGCAAGAAGAAAUUUGGAUUUAAUUCCUUGAGGAUUUCAAAGACGCCAAAGACAAAAGUUAGCAAGAAAGUUCUGAAGUCAACAAGUUCAUGUAACGAUUCGUCUGUGAAAUCUGUAAGCAGUAGCAACAUGGGAUCUGAUGCAUUUCUAAGCAGCCCUUCAAAUAUCAACGACGACUCCAAUAUGUCUGGUUUUGAUCAGACUAUGACAGAAAUUGAAAUAAUUGAAGAACAGCAAAAUAUUAACAACAUCAUCGACGAUAAUCAGCAUACAAUAAUAAUUUCCAAUCCAAUCUUUGAAAGCCCGAAUGUUAUCGUUGAAGCUAUUCCAAGCUAUCAAUUCAGUCAAUUUAACCAAAUCGAAAGUUUUGAUGAUAAUGAAUUGAGUCAAUUAAUUUGUAUGAAUGAUCAAGAAUUGAUUGAUGACUUUUUAAGUUACAGCAAUGAAACCGAAGAAUUUUUAUAA